AUACUAUCUCUUUAAUCUCUGCUUCUUUUUGAAUUUCAGUGUUCUGCAUUCGGAGAUAUGGGUGUUGUUGGUAUUGCUGUUAGCCCAGGCGGUCAGGGUGACGAUCUUGCAAAGUACCCUGGAAAACUCACAUGGUAUGUGGUCAUAACAUUAAUGGCUGCAGCCAUGGGAGGAUUGAUUUUUGGUUAUGAUAUUGGUAUAUCAGGUGGAGUUACUUCCAUGGCACCUUUUCUGAAAAAAUUCUUUCCGUCUGUUUACCAUAAACAGAUGGAUGAUACAUCAACUAAUCAAUACUGCAAGUUUGACAGCCAGAUUUUGACACUUUUUACAUCUUCCCUCUAUUUGGCUGCCCUCGUAGCUUCCUUUUUUGCAUCAACAAUGACCAAGAAAUUUGGCCGGAGAAAGUCAAUGAUGCUUGGUGGAAUAAUUUUCUUGGUUGGUGCCAUCAUCAACGCUGCGGCAGUGCACAUCAGUAUGCUAAUCAUAGGCCGUGUUUUAUUGGGCAUUGGCGUUGGCUUUGCUAACCAGUCCGUGCCUCUUUAUCUAUCAGAGAUGUCUCCAUAUAAUUGGCGUGGCACAUUUAAUGUUUGCUUUCAAUUGAUGAUCACAAUUGGAAUAUUGGUAGCCAACCUGUUCAACUAUAUCUUUGCUAAGAUUGAGGGUGGCUGGGGAUGGCGGCUCAGCCUGGGAUUGGCUGGCGUUCCUGCUGUCAUCAUCAUUAUUGCGUCCUUUUUCCUCUCCGAUACCCCAAACUCUCUUGUGGAUAGGGGAAAGGAAGAGGAAGCGAAAGCACUGCUCAAGCGCAUUCGUGGAGUUGAAAAUGUUGAUGCUGAAUUUAAUGAUAUUCUUGCAGCCAAGAAUGAAGCAAGACUAGUGCAGAAUCCAUGGCAAAACAUCUUAAAGAGGCGGUGCUAUCGUCCUCAGUUGGUUAUGUCCAUCUUGAUCCCUUUCUUCCAACAACUCACUGGAAUCAACGUGGUUAUGUUCUAUGCCCCCGUGCUCUUUAAAACCAUUGGAUUUGGAAACAAUGCUUCUCUCAUGUCAGCUGUUAUUUCUGGCGUCGUAAAUGUCUUUGCAACUUUAGUAUCUGUCGCAUACGCUGACAAGUGGGGCAGAAGAACUCUUUUUCUUGAAGGAGGAGUCCAAAUGCUUAUCUUUCAGAUUGCAGUUGCAGCUCUUAUUGGAGCCAAAUUUGGUGUGACGGGAGAUGUGACGUUGCUGCCAAAGUGGUUUGCCAUGUUGGUGGUGAUAUGCAUCUGCAUUUAUGUUGCCGGUUUCGCAUGGUCUUGGGGGCCAUUGGGAUGGCUUUAUCCAAGUGAGAUUUUCCCGUUGGAGAUCAGAUCGGCUGGACAAAGUAUUAAUGUGGCAGUGAACAUGUUCUUCACAUUCUUAGUGGCUCAAGUGUUCCUUUCGAUGCUGUGCACAAUGAAGUUUGGUCUCUUCGUCUUCUUUGCAUUCUUCGUGGUGCUGAUGACUAUCUUUUGUUACUUCUUCAUGCCUGAGACGAAGAAUAUUCCUAUUGAAGAAAUGACACAAGUAUGGAGAGACCACUGGUUCUGGAAAAGAUAUAUGAACGAUCCUAAUGAUCCAGUCAAUAAAGCCUUGGAGCUGACUAGGAAGGAACAAGUCUGAUUAUGUUAAUGCAAUUUUUAUUUUAUUUUUUCAGUUUUUACUUAAUCUCAGUGUUACAGAUCUUAUCAAAACUGUAAUUUUCCACAUAGAUUUUAUGUUAGUAAUUACACACUUAUAUUAUACAUCUUUAAUAAAG